CUAUUAUCAAUAUGCUUUUGGUAUACUUUCGGAUACGAGACAUCAUUCGUUUGCCCAAACUCAACGACUCUGGAGUCUUGAGGUGAACGGUAAAUCGUCGUGCCUGCUUUUCAAAAGGUUCCCAGAAUGUACGGAGUAACAUUGAAAUGAAAUGAAAUGACAUCUCCCUCUUGGCCAGCAAAUCAUUAGUGGUGAUAUCAGCACUCGUGCCCGGGGAGAAACCGAGAUUUUUUUCGUUCGAGAACCACGGGCCCGAGUGGCGGUACUCCGUCCAGCACCUGUGAAUGCUGCUUUUUUGGGUUUUGAUUGAUCUAGAACAAGAACUGAUUAAACUCCACCCGUUCCUGUUUUUGAGGUCUCGGCAGAACUCUGGGAGAAGCUCCUCCUCGAUCUCGUUGGCCGCUCGCUUCAGAAACCCGUUGCAUGGUCGAGCACGAAAGACCCGCUCCCGCGUCCACUUUCCGUUCCUUCCUUCUCGUCUCGACUCGUCUCGACUUCAAAGUCGAUCGUUUAUUAUAGCCGGACUGCCCUUCGCACGACGCUCGUUACUCGCACUCUCGUUUUUUUGGAGAGUCGGCCAUGUCUCGUUAGACCCCGAAUCCGUGCCAUGACGAUUCCCGACGACAUUCUCGCUGCAAAUGCAACGGGAAGGAUCCCCGAUGGCAUCUCUCUGUCCUAUCUCGCACAAUCGCGGGACCACUCUGCGAUUGUGGGCAUCUUGUUCAUGGUCUGCCUCGCCGGCUUGUUGAUGCUGAUACGCCUAUAUGCGCGGUUAUUCUUGGUGAAGAAACUUGGUCUCGAUGAUGCGUUGGCCGUUCUCACUAUGGUUGUAUACAUCGUCUUCGUCAUUCUCUCGGUCGUCCUCAUCCACCUGGGUAGUGGCCGCCAUAUCGAGUACAUCGAACAUGUGCUCUCCCUCCCCACCGUCCGCAAAACGGAAGUUCUCGACUUCGUCGCCCACAUUCUCUAUACGACGGCGCUUUUCCUUUGUCGACUAUCCGGUCUCGCAUUCUACUUCCGCAUUAGUGCGCGCUCCAGCAAGCUACGACUGGGUAUUAUGAUUGUCACUGGUAUCAUUACCGCCGCCUACUUGCCCCAGAUUUUUCUUUUGAUCUUCCAUUGCAAGCCCGUGACUGGUCUUUGGCCUUAUGAGUGGCAGUCGGAGCCUAUCACCUACAAGUGUCUCUCAUGGGGUUUGGUCUACUCGGUCAAUUCGGGCGUCUCUCUCGCUUGUGAUGUGAUGAUGUUUGUCAUCCCGGGUAUCCUGAUCAAGGAACUGCACGUCUCCUUCGAAAGGAAGAUCAAGCUUUCCGUUGUCAUGUUCCCCGGUAUCUUUGUGAUCGUCAUCUCCGCGGUCCGUGUCUGGCUCGUAGUCGUCGGACAAUGGGCGGCCGACGGCAGCUGGGCUUACAACCCCAUGCUCUGCGUCGAAAAUGCCGAGAUCUCAAGUACCCUUAUCGCCCUUUCCGUCCCCGCCCUGAAGCCCGUCUUCGGAAACAUAUUCAGCCACUUGACCGAGUACACCUCCAGCCAUACUCGCUCCCGUUCCGCCGGCGGCCGACUGCGAAGCCAAUCGAAGCCCGUCAGCGCGCUGGACUCAUCUACUCGUGAUGAUAAGAGACUUUUGAAUUGGUCUAAGCGCGGCCACGAUGAUUAUGAGAUGAUGCCCUCUGAGAUUUCGGUCAUUGGCGACGUACGCCGGCCAGACUCUUUGGCGAAGAGGCCCGGAAUUCGUGUCACGAAUGAGGUGAAUAUUACGAGGAUGGAGGGUGAUAGAUCGCCUUCGCAGGCUUCUUCCAGGGCGUCUGCUUCUUCUUCGCGAGAUAAAUAAAAGCAUGCAUGUGCAUAGAUAUAUAGACUAAUACCCUCUAAUCCUUUUUUUUAUUAUUAUUGUACCGAAUUAUUUCAACG